CAAGUUAUUUUCCGGCAGAUGGGUCAAGAGUCGUUCGUGGCCGGUACCUGCAAAACAAGAAACAAGAACAGGUUGUUUAGCCUUCUCUUUAAUCUCGACCGUAACAUGAUCAGGAAACCGAAAUCAUGGCAGGAACUUCAGCAAGAAGAAAAAAAUAGCGUUGAAGAAAGUGUUCCACGAAGUGAACAGGCUGCGAGAAAAAAUACGACCGGCGCUGAUGACGACGGUAGCGAGGAUGAGUUGUAUGGCUUGGCUCUCAUACUGCGAAACACUGAAGACGUCGUCAGAAAGAACGAUAAUUUGUACAGUGUGUCAUACCAGCACCAGCCUAACAAUCAAGAAAAUAUUGAGGAACAAGCAACAUCUAGUUCAUCGAAAUACGAAGAAGACAAACCACACUUUAGGUGUUGCCCGAGUCUAAACAGACGCCUCGUUAUUUACAAGAGUUUUUACUUCUUUUUCUUCUCAGCUGUUGGUUCGUUAUUUCCUUAUCUCGCGGUAUUUUAUAAACAGCUAUGGCUUUCUGCGCACGAAACUGGAAUAUUAAUUGGCAUCAGACCUCUGAUACAGCUUUUUGGAACACCAAUGUGGGGAAUAAUAGCAGAUACAUACAAGAGAGGCAAGGUCGUUUUCGUUAUGUCUCUUGUGGCGUGGCUGGUUUCCAACUAUUCUCUGUCUCUUGUAUCCCCUGUAUUUCAUUUAGGCGUGUGCAAAGACAACGCAACGGUGGGAAUUGUGCAAGAAAUUAUUGGAGAACUUGAGAAUGGAACCACAGCCGGGAGGAAUUCCGCCUUUCAUCAUAAGCAGAAGGCACCUCAACAAGUGAAUACAGGGAAUGCUAGUAAUCAUUGGUUUGAAAUUGUUGGAAAAGUGAAGGAGAGAAAUGCAUCGAAGCGAAACACAAUUAAACGUCCAAAGGAGAAAAGGCGAGGUCAAGUAAACACAGCGCUUCCGGUCGAGGACAAUCAAAUUAUAUUUCGUAAUGCAUCAAAAAUCAAGAGAAAAAGCGGUAAUAAACAUCGCUCUCUCGCCAAAUCGAUAGUAAAUCGCAUAAACUCAUCUACAGGGAAUAAAAAAAGUUUUCCACCUAAGAAAAAGACGGGUGGCGUCAAGCUAAACUUAAUGAAAAGAGACUUGAAACCCUACAUCCAGGCAAGAACGAACUUCAAUGUUCCACACUUAGUUAAACAACGUGGCAUGAUUACAAACAACAAUGCUGUGAUCUCCAAAUUAGAUCUCUUUGAACUUCUUCAUAAUUCAAGCGAUAUUGAUAUUGACGAGCUUUCCAGCAGAUUAAACAGAGAGCGCGUAGAAAGAGUUUUUGAUUCUCUUAACAUGGCAGGAGAGUACCCAUGGCCACUGGACACAGUUGCUAACUUUGACUUGACACAAAAGUCACAUGACUGGCAAACUCCUCGAGAUUCUCAAUUGUUUACCAUUCUUUUUGUUAUUACUGCUAUUGGGACAUUAAUUGCCGCACCAGCCAUCACCUUAGCUGAUACUGCUACACUGCAAAACCUUGUAUUUGCCCAAGUUAUUUUCCGGCAGAUGGGUCAAGAGUCGUUCGUGGCCGGUACCUGCAAAACAAGAAACAAGAACAGGUUGUUUAGCCUUCUCUUUAAUCUCGACCGUAACAUGAUCAGGAAACCGAAAUCAUGGCAGGAACUUCAGCAAGAAGAAAAAAAUAGCGUUGAAGAAAGUGUUCCACGAAGUGAACAGGCUGCGAGAAAAAAUACGACCGGCGCUGAUGACGACGGUAGCGAGGAUGAGUUGUAUGGCUUGGCUCUCAUACUGCGAAACACUGAAGACGUCGUCAGAAAGAACGAUAAUUUGUACAGUGUGUCAUACCAGCACCAGCCUAACAAUCAAGAAAAUAUUGAGGAACAAGCAACAUCUAGUUCAUCGAAAUACGAAGAAGACAAACCACACUUUAGGUGUUGCCCGAGUCUAAACAGACGCCUCGUUAUUUACAAGAGUUUUUACUUCUUUUUCUUCUCAGCUGUUGGUUCGUUAUUUCCUUAUCUCGCGGUAUUUUAUAAACAGCUAUGGCUUUCUGCGCACGAAACUGGAAUAUUAAUUGGCAUCAGACCUCUGAUACAGCUUUUUGGAACACCAAUGUGGGGAAUAAUAGCAGAUACAUACAAGAGAGGCAAGGUCGUUUUCGUUAUGUCUCUUGUGGCGUGGCUGGUUUCCAACUAUUCUCUGUCUCUUGUAUCCCCUGUAUUUCAUUUAGGCGUGUGCAAAGACAACGCAACGGUGGGAAUUGUGCAAGAAAUUAUUGGAGAACUUGAGAAUGGAACCACAGCCGGGAGGAAUUCCGCCUUUCAUCAUAAGCAGAAGGCACCUCAACAAGUGAAUACAGGGAAUGCUAGUAAUCAUUGGUUUGAAAUUGUUGGAAAAGUGAAGGAGAGAAAUGCAUCGAAGCGAAACACAAUUAAACGUCCAAAGGAGAAAAGGCGAGGUCAAGUAAACACAGCGCUUCCGGUCGAGGACAAUCAAAUUAUAUUUCGUAAUGCAUCAAAAAUCAAGAGAAAAAGCGGUAAUAAACAUCGCUCUCUCGCCAAAUCGAUAGUAAAUCGCAUAAACUCAUCUACAGGGAAUAAAAAAAGUUUUCCACCUAAGAAAAAGACGGGUGGCGUCAAGCUAAACUUAAUGAAAAGAGACUUGAAACCCUACAUCCAGGCAAGAACGAACUUCAAUGUUCCACACUUAGUUAAACAACGUGGCAUGAUUACAAACAACAAUGCUGUGAUCUCCAAAUUAGAUCUCUUUGAACUUCUUCAUAAUUCAAGCGAUAUUGAUAUUGACGAGCUUUCCAGCAGAUUAAACAGAGAGCGCGUAGAAAGAGUUUUUGAUUCUCUUAACAUGGCAGGAGAGUACCCAUGGCCACUGGACACAGUUGCUAACUUUGACUUGACACAAAAGUCACAUGACUGGCAAACUCCUCGAGAUUCUCAAUUGUUUACCAUUCUUUUUGUUAUUACUGCUAUUGGGACAUUAAUUGCCGCACCAGCCAUCACCUUAGCUGAUACUGCUACACUGCAAAACCUUGGCAACAAACCGGAAGACUACGGCAAGCAGCGUUUGUGGGGAGCUUUUGGCUGGGGACUGGCCGCCUUCAUCGUGGGAUCAAGCUUAAGUACAAUUGAAGAGAUCAGCAACUGCAACAAUCCUUUGAGCGUAGACUACUUGCCUUGCUUUUACGCAUUUGCCUGUCUCAUGGGUGUGGCUCUCUUAAUUGGAGCCUUGUUUGAGUUUGACAAGAAAGAAUCACUCGAAACGAACAUUUGGCAAGGACUUGCAGUGCUCUUUGACUGUCGAUACAUGUACUUUAUCAUCACGAUCCUUUUCUGCGGAAGUGCAUUGGGCUUUAUAGAGACAUUCCUAUUUUGGCAUUUGCAAGAUUUAGGCGGUACGCAGUUCUUGUUUAGUACAAUCACAGCUAUACACUGUAUUUCUGAAGUGGUAGUUUACUGUUGCUCUGGUAUGUUCAUCAAAUGGCUGGGCCAUCAUCAAGUUCUAUACGUUGGACUUUCUUGUUACAUCAUUCGAUUCUUCGGUUAUGCCUUUAUAAGUAACAGUUGGGUGGUCCUACCUUUUGAAAUCCUUCAUGGCUUGUCAACGGCAGCUGUAUGGUCAGCGGCUGUCGUCUUUGUAGGACUCAUUCCUGAGGCGCCGGCAACCAUGCAGGGCAUUCUGGGCGGAGUGCACUGGGGUCUUGGAAAUGGCGGUGGAGGGGUGGUUGGAGGACUAUUAAUCACUUAUGCCGGGGCAACGAAUUCUUUCCUUAUAUUUGGCAUUAUCAGUCUUGUGGAUUUGAGUUUGUUUAUUUCUUUAAACAACAUGGAAUUUUUCAGCUGUUUUGAAUGGUCCAAGGGGAUUGGCACACGGACUCAGUAUGCUUUACAGGAAGAUAAGGCAGCAGAAAACGAGGAAUUAGAAACGGAUUACGAUGACCUUUACUGAACACAUUAAGAUCAUAUUACGAACUCACAAAGUGACCAGCUCCCAGUUGGCUUAAUA